AUUUGUAAUUUGCACAAGUACGGUUGCCUUAUUUUCCUCAGUCAAGAGAAUAGGGACUGAUCGCGAAAACUCGAAAGAAUUCUGCUUCCUCUUUGCGCGACUCUUUUCAUUCAAUUCUACCCCCAAACUCGUCAAAUCCAAUUUGUAACAGAGAUCGGAAUUGUAAAAGUUAGAUGUCUUGGCAUUCAUGUAAAUCUAAGCCAUGAUGAGUGCAGGAUGGGUGAGCUGCUGGUGGAAAAGCACGCUAAGUACAUUAUUACUGUUGAGAAGAGGAAAGAUGAUUUUGAAUCUGUGGUGAUGGAGCAUUUGAGAUUAAAUGGGGCAUACUGGGGAUUGACAACUCUGGAUAUCAUGGGCAAGCUUGGUGCUGUGGAGCAAGAUGAAGUUAUUUCAUGGGUCAUGCAGUGCCAACAUGAAUCUGGUUGUUGUCUUGCACUUCUUUCUUGCUUUCUCGCAAUGAUUUUUGGUGGAUUUGGUGGUAAUAUUGGGCAUGAUCCGCAUCUGCUAUAUACACUCAGUGCCAUUCAAGUCUUGGCAUUAUUUGAUAAAUUACAUGUCCUUGACAUUGAUAAGGUGUCAAAUUAUAUUGCAGGCCUGCAAAAUGAAGAUGGAUCAUUUUCUGGUGACAUAUGGGGUGAAGUCGAUACACGGUUCUCUUACAUUUCGAUCCUUUCACUCACGUUGCUGCAUCGGUUGGAUAAGAUUGAUGUUGGAAAAGCAGUGAAGUAUAUUAUAAGUUGCAAGAAUGUGGAUGGUGGAUUUGGAUGCACACCAGGAGCAGAAUCUCAUGCGGGGCAAAUUUUCUGUUGCGUGGCAGCUCUCGCAAUUACAGGAUCUCUACAUCAUGUUGAUAAAGACCUCCUUGGUUGGUGGUUAUGUGAAAGACAAGUCAAAUCUGGAGGUCUAAAUGGGCGCCCAGAGAAGCUUCCUGAUGUAUGCUACUCUUGGUGGGUUCUUUCCAGCUUAAUUAUGAUCGACAGGGUUCAUUGGAUUGACAAGGGAAAACUUGUACAAUUUAUUUUAGACUGUCAGGAUAAGGAGAAUGGUGGAAUUUCAGAUAGGCCAGAUGAUGCAGUUGAUGUCUUCCAUACUUACUUUGGAGUCGCUGGGCUUUCGCUUCUUGAAUAUCCAGGAAUAAAGCCAAUAGAUCCUGCUUAUGCCUUGCCUGUUGAUGUUGUAAACCGAGUUAUGCUUGGCAGAUAAUCUCUGGAAUUUGCUCCAUUCUAGCUCAUCACGGCGUUCUCUUGAUGUUGGAGAUUAGCAGAAACAAUUUCACUUGAAAGACUGUUUGCUUUUACUAAUGCUACAACAUUUCCCUCAUAAUGACUUUAGGAAGAAGCAAACCAAAGGGCAGAUUCAGGAUUUUAAAAUUGAUGGGUUCAACGUUUUAGCUCUUAACUCAUUAUUAUAGUUUUAAAGUUACAGAUUUAAAUUUGAUAUUUGUUGUUGUUUUAGUGAUUUUUCGCUUAUAUAAUUCUAUACUCUGCCGAAAUACUGGCUUCAUAUGAAUCCAUAGCCGAAGCUUACAUCUUGAAGCAAACAGCAGCAAUGUAAUAGUUGUGCAGAUUUCUACAAAUAUAAUUUAUGUUCGUUA